ACGUUUCUGUGGCAACAUUUUACAUAAACGUCAAACUAAAUACUGAAUAUGCACGAAGGAAAAAUGCAAAAAAUACGCGAAAUGAAUAACAAUUCGUAUUUAUGAAUUACAAUUUAUAUUCUUUAUUAUCUUGUUGGGUUAUUAUGUAAAGAUGCGGUCGGUAAAAACAGAAAAUGCUAGCAGCAGCGAACAAUUACUAGCCUGCCGGGUUUGUCUAGCCACUGAAGCUAAGUUGUACAAUAUUCAUGAAAAUGGACUAGAAAAAGAAAUUCUGGAGGUUCUAGGGAUCGAGGUGUCAGUAAUAGAUGGGUAUCCACAGCAUGUGUGUGCAUUCUGCCGGGUACUUUUAGUAAAGUUUAAGCAGUUCCGAGCUUGCAGCCAACGGGCCCAGGAGCUGCUGCGGACACUUAAGAAACAACAUGGGAUUAAUACAAGCACGAUUGCCACCAUCAACUCUCCAUUCCCAAACCUAACUAUCCACACCACCACCCUCAUAGAAUACCAACACCAAGAAGAACCAGAACCCACAGAACCCGUAGUCAAAGACGAAGUAGAAUCCAAGCAUGAAGUGAAAUAUGAAGAUUUAGAUAAUAAUAUAGAUGUGGAUGAUAAUAUAGAUUAUGAUGAUGAGGACUAUAAGGAGGAAGUGGAGGUUAAGAAGAGGAAGAGGAAGAGGAGGGUUGAGAAGGAAGUUACGAGGGAGAAAAAGAAGUUACCUAAAGAAAAGAAGAUAAAGAAAAUGUUCGACUGCGAGGCCGACUUCCCCGCGUUCGAGGCCAAAUACAACAUGGAGAUAGUGGUCCUCACUAUGGAGCAGCAGCUAGAAAACAUGGCCGCCAGGAAAAACUCCUCCAACUAUAUCAACUCGCCAUAUAAAUGCCAGUUGUGCUUUAAAGGGUUUUCCUCUGAAGCUACUUUUAAGAAUCAUAAUUUGAAGCAUCAUGACCCGAGUGUGGGAGCGCAGCAGUGCGAGCUGUGCUUCUCUCGGUUCCGUAUCCCCGCCUUCCUGCGCACGCACGCUGAAACACACCGCCUCAAGUUUGUCUGCAAGGACUGCCGCUUUGUCGCCAGUAACAGGUACCACGCUAUAACGCACUUUCGCGAGCACAGCGGCUUCAAAUACGUUUGCAAAUAUUGUGGAGCCAGUUUCAAGAAACCAUCGACACACGGCACGCACGUGCGUAUCCAGCAUCCCACCGAGAACACAUCGUGCGACGUGUGCGGGGAGACCUUCCAGGGGGACUUCGGGCUGAGAAUGCAUAAGACUAGAGCGCACAAGCAGCCGUCCACGCACGUGCGCAUCCAGCACCCCACUGAGAACACAUCGUGCGACGUGUGCGGGGAGACCUUCCAGGGGGACUUCGGGCUGAGGAUGCACAAGACUAGAGCGCACAAGCAGAACUCCGAGAAUGAAUCCGGCUCCCUGAACUGCAGCACGUGCGGCGUGCAGUUCGCCAGCUCGUACGCGAUGGCGCGGCACACGUUCACGGCACCCGACAACGUGUGCAACCCCAGCAUGAGAGCGUGUACUCUGUGCGGGGAAAACCUGGCGACCGAUGAACUGCUGAGGAGCCAUACUCAGGAGCGGCACAGCAAACCAGAGACUAAAUGCGAUGAGUGCAACAAGACAUUCCUAACCGAGGCGUCUCUGAGCGUCCACUACGAGCGCGUCCACCUCCAAGUGAAGAGUGUGAGACGGAAAGCGUCCCACCACGCCCGGAAACAGUACGGGGGAGUAGUCAUGUGCGAGCUGUGCGGGAAAAGAUGUAAGCUAAGGAUAAUAGCCCUCCAAGUGAAGAGUGUGAGACGGAAGGCCUCGCACCACGCGCGGAAACAGUACGGGGGAGUAGUCAUGUGCGAGCUGUGCGGGAAGAGAUGUAAGAACAGCACCAUCCUGAAAUACCACCAGCGCACACACACAGGGGAGAAGCCUCACAGCUGCCCGCGGUGUCCCAAACGAUUCGUCUCCCCCAUGCUGCUACACUGCCACCUGCGGUCUCACACGGGGGAGAGGCCGUACAAGUGCGCACAGUGCCACAAGUCCUUCACGCAGAAGUCGGCGCUCACCGUACACAGCACGGUUCACACGGGUGAGAAACCAUUCGCCUGCAGUAUCUGCGGCAAGUCGUUCACACAAGCGGCCUCCGUACACACGCACGUCAAGUAUGUCCAUAUGAAGAUGCCCGCGCCACCGCGCCGCCGGAACCUCAAGCGGGAGUAAACUGUCACACUAUGGAGAAACCAUUCGCCUGCAAAAUAUGCGCACACACACGUCUUGUCUGGUACUGGAAUGGUGACAGG